CUGUUGUGCAACUUUCAGAAGCCAUUAGGUCAGAGUGUCACCUAGUAGCUGUCCCAGGGGCCACGGCGGCAGUUGGAGUUGGUGCCCAUGAAGGAUGAGGAAGGCCAGGUUCUGGGGGCUGCUGUGGACGUCCUUCAUCCUAGAACUCCAAGGUGCGCCCACAUCAGAGACCAAGCGUACGCUGACCGAGGGGACGCACCUGAUGGAGAAAUGUCCUGUCAGUGUGAACAAAUACCUCUACUACCGGAAGGCAUGGCAGAGGCUGGGAGACAGAGGGGAGAUCCAGACAUUAGUCAAUACAGAGUUGACCUCAGGAAUGAACUCCAAAGUCCAGAUGGGCAGGUACAUCCUAGACGACAUGCCCAGGGAGGGCAUAAUGUACAUUCACAUGUCCGACCUGCGCCUGGAGGACUCGGGACUGUAUCGGUGUGUGAUCUACCAGCCUCCCAAAGCCCCCAUCCCGCUGCACCAGCCCAUACGCCUGGUGGUGACAAGGGAUCCUGCCUCACACGUUGAUUCUAUCCAGAAUCUGGCUCAGAGUUCCACUCUUCCUCCUGUGACCACCCUUCCUCCUGUGACCACCACGACCCAGGGCAGGACCCGAGCCAGCACCCGUCCUGUGACUCAGCCCAUGUCAACUGCCAGCCUCGGAGUCAACCCCACACACGGGACGGAUGCUCUCAGUACAGUGCCCAGGAUCUCUACGACCAGCAUCAUCACCAUCGUGGUGUGUGGAAUCCUCAGUAAGAGCCUGGUCUUCACGCUCCUGUUGAUUGCCACUCAGAGGUCAUUUGGCAGCUAGGGCCAUGAACCCAGAAUGCCCUGCGACCUCCAUCCACGUCCAUCUGGCAGUUGUUCGAGAAGAAGGCUGUGAAAUGGGAGGCAAGGGGGUGGGUGGGUGGGGAGGGCAAUGACUGAGUUGAUCUGUAACACGGGUUAUUUCUAAGGCGCAGGGUCUACCUUGCUGGCCCUGCUGACUCCCCUCAUUUCACUAACAACCUUGAGUGUUAGUGAAGAUACAGCCCCUAAUGUGCCCUGGGCCUCCAUUCCCCAGCGGCCUAGGGUUUGUAUUAAAUAAAGACGGAUCCAGUGCUUUUUUUGUUUGUUUGUUUAAUGUAUUUUAACAGCAAAGUUACAGGAAUAGCACAGAAGACAGACAACAUUAAAAACAUGUAUUAGCCUGUAGGACAACUAAGUUAGAAGAGUAUAAUGAAUGGAUGGAAUGUACCAUUGGAUAAAAAUGUUACAAAUACCAUUUAGUUGCCAUCAAUAAGAAAUUUACUUUUUUU